UAUUUUUGUGAGACAUCAUACUUAAAAUGUUUUUUUAACAUUUCAUUCUAAAUGAUUUUCACUCAAUUUAUUAAGCCCCUUUAACCAAACAAUUUCUAGGACUAUAUGCACCCAGUUUGAUGUCUGACAUUCUUAUUGGAAAAGACAGAACAUAUGUGUUUCAUUGCUCUGCAGAGAAAAAAUAGGAAAUUAAUGGCCCAUUCGUGCUGUAUGUGUGCACAACAUAUGACACAGGGUUGCUGCGGGAAUUUAGUAUAACAUUGAAAGAGAGAAAAAUAAUUAUUAUAAUUUAAAAAAAAAAAAACUUUUCAAGUUGAAUGAGACACAAAGGUCGAGGGUUCUAAUCCAAGAGAACAACUGAGCAGGUUAAAGAUUAAAUCCUGAAACGACGAUCAGUCCACUUACCAUGUCAGGGGUGAUUCCCCUCCUUGCCAGCUGGGAGCGCUGUCCCGGAUGAAUGUCACAGGAUAAGCGGAAGUGAGCUCAGUCUCAAAUAGACUUCACAGCUUGACAGAAACUUUGUUUUCUGAAACUUGUCUGCAUUUUUCCCGCAGCGCCUGUAUUCAUUUUUGUUCGAACUUUCUCGGCUUUGACUUUUCAGAUUUAUGUAGGGAGAGUUUUAGCGUGCACUGCGGCUUAAGUUUGUGUUUUAACUCGAUCCUAGGAGCCAGCGUUGGUCGGUUAACCCGGUUAGUUAACUAAGGUCUCCCCUAGGCUGAAAUAUGGUUCGGUUCGGUUCUGACCUCGGGUCUAGUGGUGUUGCGGGGGGCGAGGGGCUAUGUGUUCGCCGCUAAUUCUGGCCCAACACCGGCUCUUCCCCUCCGCUCCCCCCAUGGCUCAUUGCGCAGAGGACCGUAUCCCGCCGCCCCACGGCGGCGUGGAACAGGGCACGAAGCCGGUGCUGUUCGAGAUCUUCGGGGAGAUGUGGACGGUGCAGUCGCGGCUCGGACAGGGGGUGUCCGCCUCGGUGUACCGGGUCAACUCUGGCAGAGCCGCCACCGCCGCUGUGAAGGAGUUCCAAGCCGAUACUCAGGCUGGAGACUACGGAUACCACAAGGAGAGGUCGGUGCUGGAGCACAUCCAGGGACACAAGAACAUCGUGACAUUAUACGGCGUGUUCACCAACCACAGCUGCCUGGGCGUCUCCACCCGCUGCCUUCUGCUGGAGCUGCUGGACGUCAGCGUGUCUGAGCUGCUGGUGCAGCGCAGCAGUGCCGCCCAGCCUGGGAGGCCUCAGCAGGGACACUCCAUGUGGCUCAUCCAGCACUGUGCCAGAGACAUCCUGGAGGCCCUGGCCUUCCUUCACAGGGAGGGCUACGUCCACGCUGACCUCAAACCUCGCAACAUCCUGUGGAGCGCAGACGACGAGUGCUUCAAGCUCAUCGACUUCGGCCUCAGUUUCAAACAGGGAAACCAGGAUGUUAAAUACAUCCAGACAGACGGCUACCGCGCUCCAGAAGCCGAGCUGCAGAAUAGCCUGGCCCAGGCAGGGGUGGAGGCAGACUCGGGCUGCACGGCUGCAGUGGACCUGUGGAGUUUAGGUGUCAUCCUGCUGGAGAUGUUCUCGGGGAAGAAGCUUAAAGACACAGUCCGCUCGCAGGAGUGGAAGGACAGCAGCGCUGCGGUCGUCGAUCAGAUCUUUACCAGCAAAAGUCUACUUUGUCCUGCCAUCCCAGUGUACCACCUUAGAGACCUGAUCAAGAGCAUGCUGCUGCACGACCCCAAACGGAGAGGCACAGCUGACUCCGCCCUGCUCAGCCCGUUCUUCAGUAUUCCUUUUGCGCCUCACAUUGAGGACCUGGUUCUGCUGCCUUCUCCAGUUCUCCGUCUGCUUAACCUGAUUGAUGACAGCCAUCUGCACAACGAGGAAGAGUAUGAAGACAUCAUGGAGGACAUGAAAGAGGAGUGUCAAAAGUACGGCUCAGUGGUUUCCCUUCUGAUCCCCAAAGAGAACCCAGGAAAAGGGCAGGUGUUUGUGGAGUACGCCAACUCCAGCGACUCCAAAGAGGCUCAGCGCCUGCUGACGGGCCGGACCUUUGACGGGAAGUUUGUGGUGGCCACCUUCUACCCUCUGAGCGCCUACAAAAGAGGUUACCUCUACCAGACGGUGCAGUGAAGCCCGGCCGCUGCCCCACAGAGGGAGACGCAUCUUCAUCGCCUGCCUCACCUGCAUUUAAACACUGUGGUAAUUUUAUACAGCAGAGACACACCCCCUCAUGUUUGUGGGGGUGUGUCUUCAGUCUCCAUAUCAGUGCACAUCCAUCCAUUGUGUUAUGGUGAAUGCAUGGAACUCCAUUUAUGAAUCCAGUGUUGGAUGUAAGCAGAGGUUUUGUCUUUGCCUCGCUGUUGUAAACGGAUUGUUUCCUGUAUUCAACAUUGUGUCAUUUCCUCUAAUUAUUGUUCUGAAAAUGAGCAUUUGAUGCUCCUGGCAUGUUCGCAUAGAAACGAUCUGCAUUUUGAGGUACCUGCUGAUGAUGUCGGCUGCCUCCUGUAGCCUCCUCCUUUAGGGAGUUGCUUUUCAGACUCCUCUUCAGCGGCUUGACCUGUAGCAGUUCUGCCAUGCAGCCGCUUUCUUCCAUGGUGUUUUGGGUUGUUCGUUUUUAUUCACGCCGUGCUUCCACCCGUGAGACUCGGCAGCAUUUAAGUCGAGUUCACGCCCUUCACUCCUUUCCGAAGAAGCACUUUUUAUGCAGCAUUUACAAGCCGACUGAUCUGCAGAGUCGAGCCACACUGAAGACGAACCUUUUCCCACUUUCCCUCCACAAAUGUCCUGGUUCUGGUUUGUUGUUUGCUUAUAAAAUCAAUUGUAUUCAUUUGGAUAUAUUGUUUAAACAUUCUUUAUUUAUCCAAGUAAUGCCUUCCUCAACCGUUGACAAAACUAUCAUAAGUAAGGAACCGGUUUAGAGAGCUAGGAGAUGGAGUUCAGGUGGUGGACAGCCGAAGAACCGGUAAAGUUCUGGUUCUGCUUAACAGCUAGGACCACCUCUGUGGGAAAAGGGUUGAUUUGUUAGUUAGGCUUUGGAGUUUAAGUUUUGAUGUUUCAUUGUUAUCUUAUAGUUGACAAUCUUUCUACAAACGUCGACAUCUGAAGGUGUGCACAAAGGAGUUUUGCUUUGGUUCUUCUGGAAUGAGUACGUUGGUGAAUAGACCAGCUCUCAGCAGCACUGUGGUUGGUUUGAGACUAUAUCAUUGUUGUGUUUAGAUUUGUGGCUCACAUUUGUGUGAUGAAUUUAACAAAAACACUCAUAGAAACUGGCUUUAAAGAAAUCAGAUCAUCAAAAGAUCUACUGGUACUCACAAUAGUCGAUCCAUGGCGAUCUAUGCGGGAGCCACUAUAUCAACUUCAAGACAUCCAUUUUCGAAACUCGUAUCAUGAAGUUGCUGGAGCCUAUCCCUGUUACUACUAGGCAAAAGCGGGUUACACCCUGAACAGAUCACCAGUCUGUCACAGGGCCACACACUACAUACAUUCACACCUAGAGACAAUUUAGGGUCACCAGUAAGAACCAUGUUUUUUAGAAACUCCACACAGAAAGGACCCAGCAGGGUUUGAACCAGGACAUGAAGUGAGAGGGCUAACCACUAUACCACCAUGCAGCCCUAGAAAAAAAGCAUGUGUACAUUAAAACAAAAAAAGUAUUCUUAAAUGGUGUUUUAUAUUUUCCAUCAUGUACUAUAAAGCACAAUGUUUUUGGAGUUUACGAUGUGGUUUGGUGUCGGAGUGUUUUUAACACGACACACAGAGUGUUGUGUUACUCUGAACUACACUCUGGUUUACGACUGUGAGCUAACUUGGCGUAAAGCAAUCCGACCCCGAACAAACCAGACCUUGGGGUCAAACGUAGAAGGGUACGAUCUGUGAUGUGAUGAGUGAGAGGUCAGAGCCCUCAAUUUGAGUUUGUUGGUCAAACUUGCACAUGCUGCCGUGCACAUGUUCUUCCUUCUUGUUAACUAACUGAGCAAGUCUGAGAAGCUUUAAAGAGUUUGUUUUUGCUUGAUCUUUAUGGUUGUUCAUAAACAUAACCUUUUACAGUGAGUUCAGUUUCUCUGACAUUUCAUUCUAUGCUGGCUUUUCUAGUAGUUGGGUGAAAUUGUAUUUUAUUUAAACAUAUUUGUUAUUAUUUAUUGUUUUUUGUUCUGUGGAAACACUUCAAUUCAGCAAAAGUGACAAACUUGGAAAGCGGAGAUGUUUCAUAAAACUACCGUAAGUAUAUUUUUGUACAAAUGUGCCUGAAAGGAGAAGAAAAGAAUAGUUUAAUCGAACUGUGAGGAUGCUUUUUCUAAAAAGUUUACGAGGAUGUAAACUCCCCCCAGCAAAAAAAAAGGUUUUCUGCAGAAAAGCUCAGGUGCAGACAGGCGUGUCGGGUCCUUGUGACCUCCAGUGUGUCUCUGUAGCUGUUUUUCUCCUCUGUGUUCAGUUUUUGUGCACUUGCUGUCCUGAGCUGUUUUCAACUCGGAAUGAGAGAAUCUGCAUCUGCAGAGCGAGACCAAGAAACCCCAGACUGUGUCUGUCUGUCGGAAUAUUUUGAGCACUUUACAGAAUGAUAGCUGGACUGAAACCAAAGUGCUUAGAAUGUUAAAUAUCAAGAUAACUCUAAAAUGUUAAACAAAACAAAAUCAAGUAAGAAUAAAAUCCGAUGACUAUAUUACAACAGCACUGUUGCUAUCUAGAUCAGGAGUCUGCAACUUUUAAAAUUUAACCCAAUGAGAGCUUCUAAGUCCCACAUCACCAUUUAAAAAAAUAUUACUAAUUAGUAUUGGUCAAGAUGAAGAGGAUUUGAAAAAAAAAAAUCCGAACAAAAGACUACUGCAGCCGUAGUGACAGCAUACUUUAUGACGCAGAUGACAAGUGUCACUCUGUCUCUCUGUGCCUUAAAUCAGGCGCGCACUUCCUCCAUCAAAUAAUAAACACCUGCUGUUGGUGAUAAUUAUCCAGUGCAAUUAUCUUCUUUAACAUAUCAGGAUUUUAUGGAGCACUUCUGAGUCAAUUAAUGCCAUUUCUCCAAGCAGGGGCAUGGUCAGAGGAGGGGGCGGUCCUUUCAUGAAGAAGGAGCGCGGACGGGCGCUCUCCCUCCUCUGACCAUGCUGUGCAGAGAUACACCUCAGCAGCGCAUAACCUUCUUCAGAUGCAAAUAUUUCAUACGUGUCUGGAGUCUAUGUGAUGAACCGGAAGUCACAUGACUGAAAAAAAAUCCGCGAAUACGAAUAAAGAAACACGAAUAUGCGGGUGAACACUAUAUAUCAGUUGUACUUAUGACAGCAGUACUUCCAUACAAAUUCUUUUCUAAAUACAAUACUUCCUGUACAAAAAAAAUAUGAUUAUGUGAUGAAAAUUUGUGCUUUUAUCAUGUUCUGAUAUUAAACCACUCAGAUAGAAGAUCAAACCUUUUACCAUCAUUUUGCAGUUAUCCAACAUAUCAGAAAUCUAAACAUAAUUGACAAAAUUUUAAUAAUUAAAGCAAUAUGACCAACACAACAAACCAAUUAGUUAUUCAAAGCAUUUUUCUUUAAAGCCAAAGAGCCACAGGUUGUAGACUCCUGAUCUGGAGGAUCUCAUUGUAGCUAACCCUGUCAUCAUAAUGAUCCCUCAUUUACAAAAAAAAAAACACUUUUACUUUCUAUCAGAAUACAGCUGUUCAUGCAAACAAGGCAUAUAUUCUAAACAUUUCCUCACUUCUUUUCUCAUGAGUUUUAGUUACGUUUGCUGCCGUCAACUGUGCAGAUAAAAUGGAGAAACUGCUCCAAACUCUGAGACGGCAGAACCUCACAGACUGGUCUGAGCUGAAGCAGGAGGUCAAAGGGAGCUCGUUUCACAUCAAACAUGUGAGUGAGUUUCCUUAUUCUGCUGCAGUGAACCAGAACAGUUGCUCAUCACUGCUUGAAGAAGAAUUUACAAAUAUUUCUGGUCACUUAUAUAUAGCCGGUUGAAUCAAGUUAUUAACUUAUGAACACAAAGAUGCAAUGAAGGCUCUUCUGGUGGUUGUUGCUGCAUCUGUUUUUACCACUGUUCUAAGCAAUGCUGGAAAGACUAAAACUUUUGUAUUUGAAUACCUGGAAAGGACUGUUUGCUGUGUUGCAUGAUCGUUUUAUUAAUGCUGCACCUUAAAUCUGCUCCAAAAAGAAAUCUUCCUGUUCCUUGAAGUGUCUGAUUGUGAGCGUGCAGCAGGCGUGAAACGGCCUGAGCCAUUCUGCUGCUGCUGCUGCUGUCUCUUUCAAAAUAAAAGCCAUGCUCUGCCUGAA